GGCGCGAAAUCCUCUAAGCGCGCACGCGCGGGCGGAGUCCGAGGGCGAGGGGGGGCGGGGCGCAGGCGCGGACCGUCCCGUGGUGGGCGCCGGGGCGGCGGGUCUCGCACGUUCUCCAGCCGUGGUCGCGCAGGUCCCCGCUGGCCAACGGCCGCCAGCUGAGGCCGAGACGCCCUCAGGGCGCUCUUCGUAUCCGGUCGUACAGCGUCAGCCCGUCGGCUGGGUUCCUCUGGGGCACUGCGACUUGUUGGAGACCUGAUGGCCAAAAGAAAGGAAGACAAUUUCUUCUCUCCUGAAAAUGCCAAAAGACCAAGACAAGAAUUAUUAGAGGAUUUUGAUAAAGAUGGUGAUGAAGAUGAAUGUGCAGUUUCUUUCACUAAUGGUACCUGUACUUUGACUGCAGCAGAAGUUGGAAUAAUUGAGAGUAUUCAGCUAAGAAACUUCAUGUGCCAUUCAAUGCUUGGACCUUUCAAAUUUGGUUCUAAUGUCAAUUUUGUUGUUGGCAACAAUGGAAGUGGGAAGAGUGCAGUACUCACAGCUCUCAUAGUUGGUCUUGGUGGAAAAGCAAUUGCUACUAAUAGAGGAUCCUCUUUAAAAGGUUUUGUGAAAGAUGGACAGAGCUCAGCAGAUAUCUCAAUAACAUUACGGAACAGAGGAGAUGAUGCCUAUAGAGCAAACGUGUAUGGUGACUCCAUAGUUGUACAGCAACAUAUCAGCAUGGAUGGAAGUCGAUCUUACAAACUCAAAAGUGAAACAGGCACUGUGGUUUCUACCAGGAAGGAAGAGCUGAUUGCAAUUCUUGAUCACUUUAAUAUCCAGGUCGAUAAUCCGGUUUCUGUUUUAACACAAGAGAUGAGCAAACAGUUCUUGCAGUCUAAAAAUGAGGGAGACAAAUACAAAUUCUUCAUGAAAGCAACCCAACUUGAACAGAUGAAGGAAGAUUAUUCAUACAUUAUGGAAACAAAAGAAAGAACAAAGGAGCAGAUAAAUCAAGGAGAAGAGCGACUUAUUGAACUAAAACGCCAGUGUUUGGAGAAAGAGGAACGUUUUCAAAGUAUUGCUGGUUUAAGUACAAUGAAGACUAAUUUAGAGUAUUUGAAGCAUGAGAUGGCUUGGGCAGUGGUCAAUGAAAUUGAGAAACAACUGAAUGCUAUCAGAGAUAAUAUCAAAAUCGGAGAAGAUCGUGCUGCUAGACUUGACAGGAAAAUGGAAGAACAACAGGUCAGACUUAAUGAUGCAGAAAACAAAUACAAAGACAUUCAAGAUAAGCUAGAAAAGAUUAUUCAAGAGACAAAUGCACGAGCACCAGAAUGUUUGGCAUUGAAAGUAGAUCUCACUGCAAAGAAAAAGACCUAUAAUGAAGCUGAGGUUUUAUAUAACCGCUCCCUAAAUGAGUACAAAGCAUUAAAGAAAGAUGAUGAGCAGCUUUGUAAAAGAAUUGAAGAACUAAAGAAAAGUACUGAUCAAUCUUUGGAACCUGAGCGGUUGGAAAGACAAAAAAAAAUAUGUUGGUUGAAAGAGAGAGUAAAGUCCUUACAGGAUCAGGAAAAUUCAGUCAAUGAAGAAAUUGAACAGUUUCAGCAAGCCAUAGAAAAGUACAAAGAAGAAUAUGCCAGAAUUAAGAGAGAAGAAUUAGAUGUGAAGCAUGUACUGAACUAUAAUCAGAGACAACUUAAAGAAUUGAAAGAUAGUAGAACUGAUCGAAUAAAAAGAUUUGGGCCUCAUGUUCCAGCUCUUCUGGAAGCAAUAGAUGAUGCCUACAGACGGGGAUAUUUUACCCAUAAGCCUGUAGGCCCUUUAGGAGCUUGCAUUCAUCUCCGAGACCCCGAACUUGCUUUGGCUAUUGAAUCUUGCUUAAAAGGACUUCUACAAGCCUAUUGUUGCCAUAAUCAUGCUGAUGAAAGAGUACUUCAGGCACUGAUGAAAAGGUUUUAUCCACCAGGGACCUCUAGGCCACAGAUAAUAGUUUCUGAAUUUCGGAGUGAGAUGUAUGAUGUAAGACACAGAGCUGCUCACCAUCCAGAGUACCCCACAGUUCUGACAGCUUUAGAAAUCGAUAAUGCAGUUGUUGCAAAUAGCCUGAUCGACAUGAGGAGCAUAGAGACGGUGCUGCUGAUCAAAAAUAAUUCUGUAGCUCGUGCAGUAAUGCAGUCCCAAAAGCCACCUAAAAAUUGUAGAGAAGCUUUUACUGCUGAUGGUGAUCAAGUUUUUGCAGGACGUUAUUAUUCAUCUGAAAAUACAAGACCUAAGUUCCUAAGCAGAGAUGUGGAUUCUGAAAUAAGUGAUCUGGAGAAUGAAGUUGAAAAUAAGAAGGCUCAGAUACUAAAUCUUCAGCAGCAUUUGUCUGCCCUUGACAAGGAUAUUAAGCACAACGAAGACCUUCUUAAAAGGUGUCAACUACAUUAUAAAGAAUUAAAGAUGAAAAUUAGAAAAAAUAUUUCUGAAAUUCGGGAACUUGAGAAUAUAGAAGAACACCAGUCUGUAGAUAUUGCAACUUUGGAAGAUGAAGCUGAAGAAAAUAAAAUCAAAAUGAAAAUGGUUGAGAAAAAUAUGGAGCACCAAAAAGAAAACAUGGAGCAUCUUAAAAGUCUGAAAAUAGAAGCAGAAAACAAGUAUGAUGCAAUGAAAUUAAAAAUUAAUCAGCUGUCAGAGCUGGCAGAUCCGCUUAAGGAUGAAUUAAACCUUGCUGAUUCUGAAGUGGAUAACCAAAAACGAGGGAAGCGGCAUUAUGAAGAAAAACAGAAGGAACACUUGAAUACCUUAAAUAAAAAGAAACGAGAACUAGACAUGAAAGAAAAGGAGCUAGAGGAGAAAAUGUCACAAGCACGACAGAUCUGUCCAGAGCGGAUAGAAGUAAAGAAAUCUGCAUCAAUUCUAGAUAAAGAAAUUAAUCGAUUAAGACAAAAGAUACAGGCAGAACAUGCUAGUCAUGGAGAUCGAGAGGAAAUAAUGAGGCAGUACCAGGAAGCAAGAGAAUCAUAUCUUGAUCUUGAUAACAAAGUAAGGACUUUAAGAAGGUUUAUUAAAUUACUAGAAGAAAUAAUGACCCAUAGGUACAAGACAUAUCAACAAUUUAGAAGGUGUUUGACGUUACGAUGCAAAUUAUAUUUUGACAACUUACUAUCUCAGAGGGCCUAUUGUGGAAAAAUGAAUUUUGACCACAAGAGUGAAACUCUUAGCAUAUCAGUUCAGCCUGGCGAGGGAAACAAAGCUUCCUUCAAUGACAUGCGAGCCUUGUCUGGCGGUGAGCGUUCUUUCUCCACGGUGUGCUUCAUCCUUUCCCUGUGGUCCAUUGCUGAAUCACCUUUCAGAUGCCUAGAUGAAUUUGAUGUCUACAUGGAUAUGGUCAAUAGGAGAAUUGCAAUGGACAUGAUACUUAAGAUGGCAGAUUCCCAGCGUUUUAGACAAUUUAUCUUGCUUACCCCUCAAAGUAUGAGCUCACUUCCUUCAAGUAAAUUGAUUAGAAUUCUUCGGAUGUCUGAUCCUGAAAGAGGACAAACCACAUUGCCUUUCCAACCUGUGACUCAAGAGGAAGAUGAUGACCGAAGUUGAUAAUUUAAUAUGCCAUGUCCUCCUGUUGAAAGAUUUGUGAGGGGGAGAAAAAUUCUGGACUAUCUGGUGAAAUAAAAUGAGACUGGAGAUACUGUAAAAUAAAAGAAACUCCUCUUUCUAACCACCAUAAAGUGUGUAAAUAAGCCUAGAAAACCAGCUACAACCAGCAAUUUAAAGUUACUAUUACUUUCCUUUAUGAAAACCAUUUUCAUAGUACUGCUUUUAAAUCUUUUUAAGUUUGAUUGCUUGUUUGUGGUGGUGUUUUUUUUUUACCAUCUAUUUUUAUAGUUUUUUUUUUUUUUCAGAAGGAAAAUUUUGUACGUAUGCACAUGUACAUAUCUGUUUAGUUUGGGUUCAUUUCUAUAGUAUUUUGUAAGAAUUAAAAUAAAACUUUGAGCACC